GAACCAAUCCUGCGCCACGACGUCACAGCUCUCGCAUUGCUUGUGUUGAGGCAGACGUCCUCCCGCCCAAACGCUCGCCUGCUUCUCGUUCCCUGUGAGUGCUUAUCUACUGCCGAGAGCUGCUGUGGCACCUUCAGUCCCGCAGAGAUGUCGUCCAGUCCAGCAGUCUUGAUGAGGCUCAUGGCGUCUGCGUUCUCGGUGGCAGAGAAGGCCGGUGACGUUGUGAGAAGCGUCCUGAAGGCUGGUGACCUGGACGUUGUCGCUAAGACUGGAGCGAAUGACCUGCAAACCAAAGCUGACCGACUGGCCCAGCAAAGUAUCUGCGCCUCCCUGGCCCGCAAGUUCCCUCGAAUCACCAUCAUCGGGGAGGAGGAUCUGCCGUCCCAGGAGGUGGAAGAGGAGCUCAUUGAAAGUCGCCACUCGGAGGAGGUCCUGGCACAGCCCUGUCCGCCCGAGUACAGCAGUGCCCGCGAGGAGGAGCUGGUGGUUUGGGUGGACCCCUUGGAUGGCACUAAAGAAUACACGGAAGGCCUGCUGGACCACGUGACGGUGCUCAUCGGCGUGGCCUAUGAAGGAAGAGCAAUCGGCGGCGUCAUCAACCAGCCCUUCUACAAUUACGAGAUGGGGCCUGGCGCCGUCCUUGGCAGGACCAUCUGGGGCGUGCUGGGCCUGGGAGCCUUUGGGUUUGAUCUGCGUGAGGUGCCAGCUGGCCAGCACAUCGUCACCACAACCCGCUCCCACAGCAACAAGCUGGUGACGGACUGCGUCGACGCCAUGCGGCCACACAAGGUGAUUCGUGUGGGGGGAGCUGGAAAUAAGAUCAUUCAGCUCAUUGAAGGCAAGGCCUCCGCCUAUGUCUUUGCCAGUCCUGGGUGCAAGAAGUGGGACACGUGUGCCCCCGAAGCCAUCCUGCACGCGGUCGGAGGUAAACUCGCCGACGUUCACGGCAACAGCUACACCUACCACCGAGACGUGCAGCACAUGAACGCCGCUGGCGUGCUGGCGACGCUCAGGGACUUUGACUAUUAUGCCAGCCGUGUGCCUGCGAGCGUCAAGCUUGCUCUGUUGACCGCCUGAUGUUGGAUACGAGAGGUGGGCUCGCCGGAUGACAGGAUUUGUGAAGAGUUGGGGGCACGCGUGGGGCCCCUGUGCUUACCCUGCUGUCUCGAUGCCAAUUGCAAUAAAGGACCCAAUCCUUUAACUGGUUAAGUGGC